AUGGCCACUGCUCUUCUCUACGCCCCUAGGGCCGCUCUUUCGCGCUCUGCUAUCCGCUCAGCUUCUGCAACUACUCGCCUAGUACCUACACUGCCACUAGCAUCCUCUUUCCAAAAUCACCACCAAAUGCUGCUGCUGGCAGCCCGCACUUAUGCCUCCAAGUCUUUCCCUUCACACACCGUCAUUGGUAUGCCCGCACUUUCGCCUACCAUGACAGUCGGCAACGUGGGUGCCUGGCAAAAGGCCAUUGGCGACAAGCUUUCACCUGGCGAUAUUCUCGUCGAGAUUGAAACCGACAAGGCCCAAAUGGACUUUGAAUUUCAGGAAGAUGGCUAUCUUGCUAAGAUUCUUAUUGAACAGGGUGCUAAGGAUGUUCCUGUCGGUACCCCCAUUGGUGUUUAUGUAGAGGAUGCUGCUGAUGUUCCGGCGUUUGCAGACUUCACUGCUGCUGACGCAGGCUCUGCCCCCGCUAGUGCCGCAGCCCCAGCUGCUGCUGCACCGGAAGAGGCACCCGCGGCUCCCGAGGCUGCCAAAUCUGCUGAACCCGCAGCCCCUGCGGCAGCAGCAGCAGCACCUGCCACUUCUGCUGCUUCCUCUGAUAGAAUUAAGGCUUCACCUCUUGCCAAGAUGAUUGCGCUUGAAAAAGGCAUCCCUCUUAAGGACAUUAAGGGUACUGGUCCCGAUGGCCGUAUUAUCAAGCGUGACGUUGAGAACUGGGUUCCCACUGCUGCUCCCGCUGCUGCUGCUCCUGCAGCCGCUACUGCAGCCGCUUCCACUCCUGCUGCUGCUGCUGCCGCUGCUCCUGUUGCUACUUCCACUUCUCCUUACGAGGACAUUCCUAUUUCGCAAAUGCGCAAGACUAUUGCAUCUCGUCUCCAGCAGUCCAAGGUUAACGCCCCCCACUAUACUGUCUCUUCUACCAUUUCAGUUUCCAAGUUGCUUAAGAUCCGUGCUGCUUUGAAUGAUGCUGCUGAGCCCGGCGAGUUCAAGCUUUCCGUCAAUGACCUGCUUAUCAAGGCCAUUGGCGUUGCUAACCUCAAGGUUCCUACUGUCAACACAUCCUGGCUUGAUGCUCAGGGUGUUUUGCGCCAAUACAAAAACGUGGAUGUUUCUGUCGCUGUGGCCACUCCCACGGGCCUCAUCACGCCGGUCGUUAAGGCCGUUAACCUCAAGGGCCUUGCCGAUAUUUCUAACGAAAUCAAGGCUCUCGGAAAGCGCGCUCGUGAGGGUAAACUUCUUCCUGAAGAAUACCAGGGCGGCACUGUCACUAUUUCUAACAUGGGAAUGAACCCCGCUGUUUCUAACUUUACGGCUAUUAUUAACCCGCCCCAGAGUGCUAUUCUGGCUGUCGGCACCACCGAGCGCCGCGCCAUUGAGGACCCUGAGUCUGAGUCUGGUAUCUCUUUUGACUCUGUCAUGACUGUCACUGCCUCCUUUGACCACCGUGUGGUUGACGGUGCUGUUGGUGCCGAAUGGAUUAAGGCUCUCAAGAAGGUUAUUGAGAACCCCAUUGAACUUAUGCUGUGA